UAGAGAAAUAUAUGGUAACAUAUUGUUAGUAUAAAUUUAAGGUAAGACCAAAAAAUAAUGAGUUAAAAGAGAGAAUCCAAACAACUUUUAUAAGUAGAUUUUUUUAGACUUCUUCCCUUUUAAUAGUAUUGAUUAUUUGUUUUGCUCCCGGUCAAAAAAAUAUCUGGCUUCACCCCUGCCUCCACGAGAUCUUUGUGCCAUAUCAAAACUAUCAGAGUUUGUAGACACAACGUUGUAACCAAUUUCAUCAGGUGAUGCUUGAGAAACAACUGCAAGAGGGUCUGAUAAUGAAGAUGGAGACAAAGGAAUUAAAGACAAAAUGAAUGUUGUUGACGUUUGGUGGGGGUAGAGACUGCAUUGUUAUUCUUGAAAAAUGCAUACAUAUACUUGGGAAUUCACAUAUCAUAUAAUUUUCAUGACCAGAUAUUUAGCCAAAUGUAAAAGCCAUUACUAUAAUUGCCAAAACUUGUUUAAAUAGAUAAUGGUCAUGGUGCUUUAUAAUUUGUAAAGGCCAUCUAUAAAAAAUAGCUCCUCACAAAUUAAUUCAUUUACACUCGAGUAACAUUUCACAUAUCCCUAAUCAUUCACGAGGAGCUUAAUUUUAGUCACGAUACUUCUUGUUGCUCUGCCAAGUGUCAGAUCUCUCUCUAUUUCAACCGUAGCAUUAUCUGAAAAAUCAUCGCCUAUCCCCUCGCAACUAGUAGCAGCCCAAAUCCAUCAAAAAGGCUCUGCCUUCGGCGGAAACAUCAAAAAGGUUAAUCGGGCUCCCUCUUCUGUCUCAAACCCCGAGAGAUCCUCAUUGACCCCAAUAUUGUUUAUGGGCUUCCUAACAUCCCAGGAUUACAUGGCAUCUCAGAAAUACCAAACAUCCCGAGGAUUCCUAACAUUCCAAGCCUUCUAAGUAUUUCAGAUAUUCCUAACAUUCCGAAGAUUCCAAAUAUUCCAAGGAUUCCUAACAUUUCGGUCCUUCCAAAGAUCCCUAACAUUCCUAGGAUUCCUAACAUUCUGUUCCUUCCAUUGAUCCCUAAUAUUCCAAGGAUACCUAAUAUUCCUACAACUCCCGAGGAUCCCUAACAUCCCUGGCAUGUCUCCUCUACUGCCGUUCGAGUCAGUAGUUUUAUUCCAAUCAGUUGAAAUGAAAACGUGUUUUACAAUAGAUGAAUCAAAGACAACACAAAAAUGUUUUCAGCAGAUAUCCACGAGCCAGACAGAGAAGGAUUUUGAAGUGGACAAGGAAUGUUGUGAGAUCGUUAUGAAGAUGAACAAGAAGUGCAAUAACUACGUCUGUUUGUUGUUCAAAAGCCGCUUCUUCGUUCCUCUUCAAAACUCAUGUCACAUUAAGCCUACCAAAAACUAAGCGAGCCCCUACAAUGGAUAUUUAGUAUAAUAUGGCAGCUAUUUCUUGGUUAUAUCCAAUACCCAUAUUGAUGCAUCAUAUAUUUAUUAUUUCAGUGUUUUUAAGAUUAAUCAGGUUUUUAUAUUUUAUUUGGUUGUCGUUCGCGUGACGAGCGGGUUUUAGUAUAUAAAAUUUAAAAUGUCAAAUGAUAGAUUUCCCAGAUGCAAGAUACUUAUCAGAUCAACUAAAGGCUCGGUCAUAAACAUGAUAUGUUUUCACAAUUGGAGGUACCACCAUAUCUUGGCGUUUUCAGAAGUAGACACUCAAUGAAGCCAGCAGAAAAUGUUUUAUGGUUGAGGUCAAUAAAUUGACAUAUCCAAUAAAGCAAUGAGAUUAAUGAAGAUACAUCCCAACAAUUUUAUAUAAAGAUAAUGUGGCAUGCAUUGCUCAAACGAAACCAAACAUAUAUUUCGAAAGUUCUUCUCAUAUAUUCAAAAUCUCGAGAAGAAUAAAUCAACUGAAGUAAAGUCUGUUUGAUCAUGUAAUAAUGCAGUCGACCUAUUCGUAAAAUCACUUAUACCUUGGAAUGUGUCAUCAAAAUAAUCUAUGAGAUGACAUAAUGUUCAUUCCAGGGGAAUGAUACAUGGUUGUACUCUUUUUACCUACUAUGGGUUUUUUCCACUGAGUUUUCUUGGAAAUAAUGUUUAUGAGGCAACAAACGCGUUAAACAAGAAAUGAUAGUAACACUAGUCUCCGAGGAAGAUUGUUAUGAAAGUCUAUAAUAUCUGCUCCAUCCAAAUGUAUGUAUUAAAAUUUAACAAAAAUCGUGUGAACGAAAAUUAUGUUAAUCCCACCUUCAUUAUGCGUGCACAGUAAGUUUCUCUUUUUAACUCCGUAUAAAUGAUCAAUUUGAUCAAUUGUAAUAUACCAUUUCUUCUCAUCUAAUAAUACAUUUUAUCUCGUGUUUCUUUCAUAUCAGAUAUAACCAAUUUUAUCAACCCACUACUGUCAUUACCUAACCCAAUCACCGCAGCUGAUCGAGCUGGCCGAGAUGGUCGUCAAGCUGAUCGAGCUGGUCAGCUAGCUGGUACAAGCUGACUACACUACACUGAGUUAAACGGGAACUUUGUUUAGGUCAAAAUAAACUACCCAAGCUUGUCAUUCGACCUAAUGAUUACGCCUAUGGAGUACCCAGAUCAAUGGUUCGUCCUGAAUCUUGACUAUGUUUGUCCAUAAGAUAUCCGUCUGGUCCUAUGCAUGACCGAGGGCGUUACAAUGAUCUCAGUGAUCGAAGAACCGCAAGCGUGGCCAAGAUUCUUGUUUGAGCUGAAGGAGUUUAAAAAGCGACAAAGAAGAUUGCAAUCAUUCAAGAUUACUUACAUACCUCGGGCGAAAAACACAUUUGCUGAUUAAUUAACUAAAUCUGUUCAAUCUUCAUAUGGAUCUUUUUAUGUUGGUUUCUAUUCUGGUGUGACUUUCUAGACCUUAUCUUGUUUGACUGACAAAAUUGAUGUAAAAAAAUGUAUAUCUUUCUUCUUUUAUCAAAUUUUAAAAAAUUAUGUAUAAAUGUUCUUAAUAUGGCAUAAAAUAAAUACUGAAAGGCAUGUUUUAUUAAAGAAAAAAAAAAGAGAAACAGUCGGACUUAAAGCAAUGUUUUUGAAACCAGACCAGAAACUGAACCGUAUAAGUCACGAUUCAAUAUGAAUCGACCAGGUCAAACUUUGUUUAGUAACCUGAUUCAAUAUAAUUUUAAUAUAAAAAUUAAGUAUUAAUGUUAAUAAAUAUGGUAUAUAAUUAAAAUAUAAAUAAAAUAUCAAACAUAAAAUUAUAAAUAUAAAUUAAUAUAUUUGUCAAAUGGUAGGUUUAUGGAAUUUUUGAUAGUUUUAAUAGUUUUUAUCCAAAUCAAUAACUUUGAAAUUUAAUUUGGUUAUGAGAUUGGUUUAUGAUCAAACUGGUUAUUAAAUCCAAUAUGGAAUCUAGAAUGUGUGGUUCAUGGUUGAACCUUGUCCAACUAUCGGGUCGGUCCAGUUUUAAGAACACUCACAUAAAGACAAAAGUAAGAGACUUGUCUCUUCUUUAACAUGAGCAAACGUGAAAAAGGUAGUGGGUUGCCCCUUGAUACGCCCUGGAUCGAGCACCGUCCUGUUUGGUUCAUGGACACGUCCCAAGGUGGCGUUCUUGUUUACCAGCUCGACGAAACCGAGGUUCUCAUGUUGGAACAUGCCAGUCCUACAGCCCGUGUCAUUCCAUCUGAUCAUUCCGUCCAUGCUGAUCAUAAUUUCCCUUUGGAUUGUGCUGAUCAGACUGUCCGUCCUGACCCAUCCGAUCACCCCGACUGUCCAGAACGUGCCUCGUCCGUCCUGCUCCUUACCGCGAAGGAACCACUUGGUUCAGACGAACCUGGACGUUAGACAUUUAUGGCCAGAUCUGGAUCUCAAGAUUUUCUACUUUGUCUUUAAUUUUCAGAUCCAGAUCCAGAUCUAGAUCUAGAUCUAUCAUUAAUACUUUUCAUGUGUUUUUUCUACAAUAAAUAUGCAAACACUUCUAUCAAUAAAAUCAUUCCAUUUUCUUUCAACUUUUUGAGUCUUUACUCUUUGUUCUUUGUUUAGAACUUUUCUAGUUUUCUUGGUGUGGUUAGCUCCAAGCAAACGCCCUUGUCCGUUGGUCUUGUGAGUCAUAUCAAGCAACGGUUCAAGAUCGCCUCUUUGUUGGACCGGUGAGUCACAUCCGGCAACAAUCUGGUUCGGGAAUAUCAAAGGCCACUCUGCAACCUUUGUGCGACCCCUCAUUCCAUCAUAUCUCCUCUUGGAGUUCAUAUCUUUUCCAAAUCCGGUCGAGUGAUCCUUUUAAGGCGUAUCAAAGUGGUAUCAGAGCCACUCUUCCGGUAUCUCUUUCCAUUUCAUCUUUCUCAUCUACCAUUUUCUUCAUAAAAAAAGAAAAAAAAAUUCUUCUUCUAUCUAUCUUGAUUCCGGGCCCCUCAUUACCAUCCAUUAAAAAAAAAAAAAGAUCUACGAUUUAAAGAAAAAAAGAAAAAGAGUUUCAAGUUUGAUUUGUGGAUUGGUGGUGGAAGAAAAAGCCUGCUGGCUGAGGAGAAAUCCAGCCUUUGAGGUUGUUAAAACGGAUUCCAAAAGCUAAAUCUCUUAUCUUUCUCUCUUUACAAAAAAAAAAAAAAAAAUUCCCUUGUUUGCUUGAAGUUUGUCCCUUGGAAUUCCUUGAUUAGAUCUCUUAGAACAUUGAGAAGAAGCUUGUGUGAUUACCAUAAAAUCUGAGAGAAACACUUGAGUGUGUGAGAUUAAACACUUGAGAGUGUGAGGUUUUAUUUCCUAACUUUUGUGUUGAGAUUUUCAGGUUUUGAUGUUUGGUCUUCAAAGGAAAAGUAGCAAGGAGAAAUCCCCACGACAAACUGUCUCUCAAUCUCCAUUUAAAUAUUCUUUGAACAAUUUUGAUGAAUUUGUUAGUGUGCAGGAACGGCUAGACAUAAGGUGCAAGGAUCCUAUCAAAACGACCAGAGAUGUGGCUGAUCCAAAAAGGCGAUUACUUCAGUUUGAUGUCCAAGAAAUCUGUGACAACUUUGAGAAGGGAAUGAUGAAAGCCCUAAAAGACAUCAGCAAGAGCCAUAAGAAGAGCACAUCCACAAGUUCACUUGUAGCUGAGCCAUCCUUUUUCAUCAGUAAGAAAUCCAAAGGUAAACCUGAAACCCAUGUUGAGGAGUUGAAAGAUUUUUCAGAUUCUUUACCUACCUUUGAUGAAUAUGAUGAAGAACCAAUUGAAAGCUUGAUAAUUUGUGAGAAAAACUGUGAUUUUCCUUCACUUGAAUCUGAGUUUAUGAAUGAUAAUGAACAGACUAUUGUAGAACUAACCGUUUUGCAACCGGAGCAUCCGAGUAGUCUUGUUUUGUCUCAACAGGUUUUUGAGGAAGCGCCACUAAACUAUCCACAUCAAGGACCACGUCUUGACACUAGGAGCCCCAUGGACGAGGAUUUAGGUCCUAUCUUUGAUGAGGAGGACGUACCUGGCUCAGUCUUUGAUGAAGAAGCAACAAGCAUCACCUCCAUCGUUAAGGAGAGCCAUCUAUGUUUUGAUCCCGGCACAACUCCUGCCCCUUUGACUCCUGAUCUUCAAGAGCACUUGUUUGUUUUGAGUAUCCAGGAAAGACAGGUUCAGCCUCUGAGAAAUGAAAGCAUUGACUGUGCCCAACAGCCUGAGAUUUGGAGAAGCUUUGUUGUCCAAACCGGCUACCUUGGAGAUGCCAGCGACAGGGGUUCAGUACAAAACGGAUAUAUCAACAUUCAGAAGGUGUUUUGUCAUGAAUACAAUUUACCUGGAAAUCCAACUCACAAAGGAUUCACUGAGGCUUGGAAUCACUUGAAAAGCUUCACGGAAGAAGGAGUUAUGAAUUUUCCGAACUGGAGGUUCUCCAGCCCAUCUAUCAGCGAGUACCAGACUUGUAAAGGAGAUUCAGGCCUAAGAAAGAAGCGGCCUGAGCCAAAACCGAUCCUCAACAAACCAAAGGUGUUUCCUCAGUCAAUUUCCUGUCCAAACCAAAAGCACUUUGUUUUGAAUGAACAGGAUAAGCAUGAUCAUUUCCCAAGGAGAGCAAGAAAUGAUGGACGCCAAAGGACUUGGAAUUAUUUGAUGAAAACAACUUCAAAACUCCAAGAAAGUUUCUCUCCAAAUUUAUCCUUUAAUGAAUUUUACUUGUUUUUAAAAUUCUUUGUGUCUGAUUCAUUUUCUUUUGAUUCAGGUAAAAUGGAUUUGAGGACAAAUCCUUUUGAAGAGGGAGAGUAUGAUACACCCUGGAUCGAGCACCGUCCUGUUUGGUUCAUGGACACGUCCCAAGGUGGCGUUCUUGUUUACCAGCUCGACGAAACCGAGGUUCUCAUGUUGGAACAUGCCAGUCCUACAGCCCGUGUCAUUCCAUCUGAUCAUUCCGUCCAUGCUGAUCAUAAUUUACCUUUGGAUUGUGCUGAUCAGACCGUCCGUCCUGACCCAUCCGAUCACCCCGACUGUCCAGAACGCGCUGUCCGUCCUGCUCCUUACCGCGAAGGAACCACUUGGUUCAGACGAACCUGGACGUUAGACAUUUAUGGCCAGAUCUGGAUCUCAAGAUAUUUUCUACUUUGUCUUUAAUUUUCAGAUCCAGAUCCAGAUCUAGAUCUAGAUCUAUCAUUAAUACUUUUCAUGUGUUUUUUCUACAAUAAAUAUGCAAACACUUCUAUCAAUAAAAUCAUUCCAUUUUCUUUCAACUUUUUGAGUCUUUACUCUUUGUUCUUUGUUUAGAACUUUUCUAGUUUUCUUGGUGUGGUUAGCUCCAAGCAAACGCCUUUGUCCGUUGGUCUUGUGAGUCAUAUCAAGCAACGGUUCAAGAUCGCCUCUUUGUUGGACCGGUGAGUCACAUCCGGCAACAAUCUGGUCAGGAAUAUCAAAGGCCACUCUGCAACCUUUGUGCGACCCCUCAUUCCAUCAUAUCUCCUCUUGGAGUUCAUAUCUUUUCCAAAUCCGGUCGAGUGAUCCUUUUAAGGCGUAUCACCCCUUUUCCAGGAGAGAGAAUGUGAAUGUCCCGGUGACCAGUGCGUCAAGUAAUCACCACUGGGCCAUCCCGCACCGGUUUAUUCACAUUAUCAAAAAAAAAGUAGUAGGUUGCCCCUUUUCCAAGAGAGAAAAUGUGAAUGUCCCGGUGGUCAGUGCGUCAAGUAAUCACCACUGGGUCACCACUGGGCCAUCCCGCACCGGUUUAUUCACAUUAUCAAGUCAGCUCUUUUCCGGAUCCAAACUCAAUAUUUGUUCUUCUUCUCUUUCUCUCUCUUUCUCUGUCUCUUUCUCCAUCUUGGUGUUUGCUUACGUAAGCGUCUACAUCGUUCUGCAAUGGUAAAAGUCUUAACGGAUGGUAAAAAUUUGGUGACAGAGCUUCGUCGAAACUUCGUGUAACGAUCCGAAUUCUUAAAUUCGGGUUUUGGUUUCUUUAUGUCCAUUAAUUAAAUUUCUCUAAAUCAACUUGAUUUAUUUUUGGUCUAAUUAAUUAUUUCAACCUUGUGAACCAAACCGUGUAUCCAUAUAAUUAAAGCGUAUUUCUUCUUCUAAACCUAAAAGUCAUGCGCCGUAUGUAGAAGCUGGGCGUGCUCUUCGAAGCCAUGCCAUGACCCAUCCGUUCCUUCAUCUUCCCCCCAUCUUUGUUGCUCAUCUCUUGUGCCAUUCUCUUCUUCUCCCCCAUGUUAUUCAUGUGUCUGUGUGCUUGAUGACCGAGAAGACGUGACGCAUCCACCAUCGUCACCAUCGGAGCCAUGUCCUUCACCAUCAACCACCGUGAGCCAUGCCACUGGAGCCAGCGCCUUCACCGGAGGAGUGGCUCGUGUUACUAGAGAUCCGUUGUGACCGUGGAGAAGAGAUGUACGAGCUGGAGCUAUCGCAUCUUGACGCCACCGGCACGCAUCAACACCACCAAGCACCACGACCGGAGCCGUUUCAGUCUGACAAGCAGUGAUCCUCAACCGUGAGUCACCGGAGAGGGCCAUGCACUUUUGGGGCCGAGAUCCGCCACUACGAUUUCAAGCCGUGAAGGUUAAAAGAGAUUAUAUUAAUUUCUUGUACUGCAAGUUUCAUAAUUAAACCUUAGAUCUAUUAUAUGAUAUUUAUGUCUCCUUUCGCGUGUGUUAUUUUCCGAUCUGGUGUGCCAUUGUUGUGAGUUCGAGAUCCAUGGUGAAAUCCUAGCUUCUUUGCUGAUCAAGUCAUCUUGUUUAUUGUUGGAUUAGUUUCUGGUUCUCCCUUAUUGCUAAGGUGAAGGCUAUCCCAUUAAAUCCCGAGCUAGUUUAGUACUACUAUUAUGGAAAGUUUAGUUUCGAAACAUGAUCCGUCUCUGUGAAUUGAGUCUGUUUGAGAGUUUUGUUUGUUUAUUAUUACUAUUGAUUGUUAAACCGGAAAUAGGAUAAUAGAGGAUUCAACGGUUGACUGAACUGAAUGAAUUAAGAACUGUUAUUUAUAUAUGUAUACAUAAGUCUGUUAUGAGAUUGCGUGGCACAAAGAUGUUGUGCUAACGGCGCAUUGUGUGGAGAUUGCGGGACAUAGAGACGUUUGUGUUAGUGGCGCAUUGUAUGGAAAUUGCCGGACAUAUAGACGUCUAUGCUAGCGGCGCAUUGUAUGGGGAUUGCGGGGUACAAAGACGUUUGUACCAGGGGCGCAUAGGUGAUUGCGGGAUACAAGGAUGAACUCUUGUACUAGCGGCACAUAGAGUUAUAUAUUUAUAUUCAUAUAAGGAGAAUGCGGGGCGUGUGAUCUAGUUAUGCACUAUCAGCGCAUUUGAUGUUUUAUGUGGUGUAUUAGACACCGGGUUUGUUUCAUUCUAGAGCUAGGCUUACAUAGUCGUAGUGCUAUGUACUGAGUCAGUGGUUUGUGGUUUAGCAUUUCAUACCUCACGAAGUAACUCCCAUGUUACUCACCCCUUUUUCUUUCCCCUUUCAGGUGAGAGUAACGAGCAUAAGCGAUUGCUAUCGGAUUGGUGCUUUGGAAGUUUUAUUUCUUUCAUUUCAGACUUGCGGUUUUUAUGAUUUUAUUGAUAUUUUCGGGAUUUAUUAUAUUAUUUGGAUUUAUGACUUUGGAGUUGACUUUUGAGAAAUAAUAAAUGAAGAUUUCAGACU